AUGGCUACCAUAAUGCCUGCCAGCCUUGAUUACAAUAACACCAGCCAGCCAUGGUCACCGUAACACCAACCAGCCUUGACCACCAUGGCAUCUGUCAGCUUUGGCCACAUUAACACCUGUAAACCAUGGCCACCAUAACACUUGUCAGCCUUAAUUACAAUAACUUAACACCUGCUAGCCAUGGCCACAAUAACACCUGCCAGCUAUGGCCACCAUAACACUUUCCAGCCUUGACUCAGUGGUGCCCUCUCAACCUAAACUCAUCACUAAGGUGCCAAUUUAUUAUUUAUAUAGAACCUUCAGAUUCUGUAGCUCUGUACAAUGGGUGGACUAACAGACAUGUAAUUGUAACCAAACAGCUGGACAUACAGGAACAGAGAGGUGAGCUUACAUUCUAGAGGGAGUGGGGUAUAGUGACACAAAGGGUAGAAGUAGGGGUAUGAAGUAGAGGUACGAAGCAGGUUGUUAGAAAAGUAUUCACUGAUGGCUUAGUAGGUAAUUUUUUGACAGUUGCAGGAGAGGAGUCAUGGGGGGUGGGGGAUAAAAACCUGCUCACCGUUUAAUUGUUAUGCUUUCUUGAAGAAGUGAGUUUUCAAUAAUUUUUUGAAUGAGUGGAGACUGGGUGAAUUUCUUACGGAGAAGGGAAGGGAGUUCCACAGAAGAGGUGUGUGACGAAAGUAACCUCAUCACUGGCUUUUGGAGGGGCCUGUUUGCCAGCCUCCUACCCUAUAAUUAUGGCCUUCUGGCAAACUGAACCUCAUCAAGGGUUCUUGGAGGGGCCUGCUGGCCAGCCUAUUGCCCCACGACUAUGGACCCUGCAAUAUACCUUGCCCAAUGCAAUUUAAAAGGCUCUGUUCAUGUGAAGUAUGUACUUUGUACUCCAGACAGAGAGACCGACUGUUAGCCCUAAUUCUCUGGAACUGUUUUGGGCAUGGGGCCAUGUGCACAGUGGGUCAAAAACAAGACUUCCAGGAAUUUCCUGAACACCUGCUCUGAUCCGGGUGAUUUUUAGAUAUGUUGUUAGAUCAGGGCUAUAUGGGGAUAUGUUGUGUUUUGGGGUACUUUCUGAACUUUGUGAAAAUGUGGCCUGGAGAUAAUUGAGUUACUUACAGGACUUUACUCAAUUAUCUCCUAAGCAGAAGGGAGGGAUUGUGUGCUGUACAUGGGCAUGUCACAGACUGUAUGUUUGUUCUGGUUGGUUGGUUGAUAUUCUUUGUGUUCCUGUGCCCCAUCAGGUCCAGGGGGUGUUCCUCUGGCUUGGAGAAUUGUAUAAAAGCCAACCUGAAUCAAGAUGAUCUUGCACCUUCAAGAGGUUUCGGCUCAUGUUUGAGGGAUUGGAGAAAUACACUUUGGGGGAUUGCUAUAAUAACUAUACUCCCCUGAGUAUAAUCACUGAGCUCUUGUAAGAGCUUGUUCCUGCUAUGCUCUCUGGACUAAAAGAGGUCUACCCACUGGAAGCUGGAUCCUGGUCAUAGGUGUGUAAGAGAAGGCAAGAUCCCAACCAAGGCUAGGCGAUUAUGCUCAGUAGUUAUGUUGUUCCAGCACAGUGCUUAUGGUGCUCGUUAGUACUGGGAAGCAGUGGUUGACAGAGGUACCCAGUCGGGGUGCAAGGCGGUUCGUCACAAGGUGCAGCCCUGUAAAAGUCUUGGAGGCGAGCGUUAGAGGUGGGAAUAUGGACAGAGGAUAUACGUAGGUCUUUGGCAGAGCAUAAGGGCCUUGAUGGGACAUACUUAUGUAUUAGGCAGCAGAAAAAUCAAGGAGAUUUGCAGCAAUUAAAUUGUUGGAUACUUUGGUCACAUGCGUUUCGACAGAAUGACCAGCGCGGAAUCCAGACUGAAGGGGGUCAAGCAGAGAGUUGGUUUCGAGAAAGUCAGUCAGUCUGGUGUACACAACUCUCUCGAGGAUCUUCAAGGCAAAUGGCAGUAGCGAGAUAGGGCGGUAGUUGGAUGGGGAGUUGGGAUCAAGGUUGGUCUUUUUUUUGAGAAUAGGUAGGUUGGAGCAGCAUUAUGUAGGGACUUGUAAGCAAGCACCAGAAUUUUAAAUUGAACCCUAUAUCUAACUGGAAGCAAAUGCAGGGACUGACAGAGUAGGGAGGCGUGUGAGGUUCGAGCGGACAGGAAAAUGAUCCUUGCCGCUGCAUUCAUUAUAGAUUGCAUCUGGGAACAUGUAAGACCACUGAGAAGAGUAUUGCAAUAGUCCAGGCGAGAGAGAACAAGAGCAUGGACCAGUACCUUAGCCGCAUCCGGGGUUAAAUAGGGGCAGAUGCGCGCUAUGUUUUUGAGAUGGAAGCACUGCUGUGCAUAAUAGCAUGAACGGUACCCUAUAAUAAUAUCACUUCCUCCCAGCUAUCAAAGGGACGCGUGUGAGAAGCAUGACUAUGAUACCACCUGCCAACAAACUAAUCAAGUUCAAUCUCAUCACUAAAAGCACAGGUCAGUGUGACGGCAUAUAACAAUUUAACAAUUUAACACGGACCCCACAGAUUAUUCUAACCUUUAUUUCCCAAAAUAAAGCACCUAGAUCUCUGCUUGCAUGGAGAUCCAGAUAAAGGCAUUUAAAAUCAGCAUUUGGAAGUGUUUGUAAAAACAUAUUUUGUGCAUCAGAAGAAAUAAACCAUUGCUUCUGCAAUAAGUGUUUUCAAACGCAUACUGAAAACUGGAUGGCAACAGUCUGCAGUUCACAUGCGGCCAGUUCAUUCACGGAUUUACUCAUUUAACCCAGAUAGCCAUGCCAUGGAGCCUAUUCAUGUAAUAAAAGACUUUGGCUCCAUGGCAAUUGAACUGUGUGUGUAGUCUGAGCGCCAUUCAGUAAUAAUGUGCGCUCAGACCUAAACUAUCUGGGCAUAUGUUGCAUGUCUGUAUUUUAUGUAAUAAAUGUAACCUUGUGUAUUUUAUUGUAUUUGACUGUGCUUUUACUGCUAUGUGCUUAAUGGAGUUUUGCCUCUGUCCUUGGAGAUAAUUGGAUUACUUCCCAAUUAUCUCCAGGAUAGAUAGCAGGGAUUGUGAUGUCAUUAUGGGAGUGUUUUACUGUGUAUUACGUGUUUAUUGAUUGCUUUACAAAACCCUGUGGGUGGUACCCAGGCCCGGACUGGCCAUCGGGCAUACCGGGCAAAUGCCCGGUGGGCCGCGAUGGCCGUGGGGCCGAGGCCGGCAGGGGAUCUCCCCGACCGGCCCCUGCAGGGCCAGCGCUACCCGAGCGCCGGCCCGGCUAUGUGUCUCCGUGGGCCGGUGGGGAGAUCACAGAUCUCCCCACCGGCCCACAGACAGCGAAAUGCGGCCGCCGGCUGGGGGAGGGAGGAGAGAGGACCCGGCGGAGCUCUAACAAGCAGCUCCGCCGGGUCCUCUCGCGGGAUUCUGAGCGUUGCCGCGGCAACGCUCAGAUCUCGCGAGAGUGAACUCUAACCUACAGGUUAGAGUUCACUCUCACCACUGGACCACCAGGGAAGGCAGCAUGGCUCCCCACCCCCCAGGCAGAACGGAUCUCCUCCUCCCCCUCCCAGGAUAAAGGUAAGAAGGGAGGGGGGGGGGGAUAUAUAAAUAUAUAUUUUAUUAAUAAAAUAAAUAUUUAAAUUUAAAUAAAAAAUACAUUCACACCCCCAUACACAGCACCCCCAGACACACACAGCACCCAUACACAGCACCCCCAGACACACACAGCACCCACAGACACACACAGCACCCAGACACACACAACACCCAGACACAGCACAGACACACACAGCACACACACAGCACCCAGACACACACAGCACCCAGACACACACAACACCCAGACACAGCACCCCCCAGACACACACAGCACCCAGACACAGCACCCAGACACACACAGCACCCAGACACACACAGCACCCCAGACACACACAGCACCCAGACACACACAGCACCCCCAGACACACACAGCACCCCCAGACACACACAGCCCACCCAGACACACACAGUGCACCCAGACACACACAGCACCCAGACAGACACACACAGCACCCAGACAGACACACACAGCACCCCUGGGGGGGGGAUAUAUAUAUAUAUAUUUUUUUUUAUUAAUAAAAUAAAUAUUUAAAUUUAAAUAAAAAAUACAUUCACACUCACACACACACAGCGCCCCCAGAGACACACAGCGCCCCCAGAGACACACAGCGCACCCAGACACACACAGCACCCAGACACACACAGCACCCCCAAACACACACAGCGCACCCCGACACACACACAGCACCCCCAGACACACACAGCACCCAAACUCACACUGCACCCCCAGACACACACACCCCCAGACACACACAGCACCCUCACUCACACUGCACCCCCAGACACACACUGCACCCUCACUCACACACACAGCACACUCCCACACAUAUACAGCACACACACAUAUAUAUAUAUAUAUAUAUAUAUACCCUCAGUGAGUUAACAGACAAAGAAAAUUAGAAACCUAGAAUGUGACAGCAGAUAAAAACACCCUCACACACAGCACCCCUCUUACAUACACACACUGCGCCCCUCACACAUACAAUAAGUCCAAAUAUAUAUAUAUAUACAUACAUACACACACACACACACACACACACACACACACUACAGCACCCCUCACACUGCACCACUACACACAUUACGCUCCAGAUAACACUAGAUCCCUUACCCUAUAUGCACUCUUAAUCCUCUACACACACACACACACACUGGGUCCUUUACACAGUAGAUCUCCUACACACACACACACUACAUUCCUUGUCAGCAAACACAUACAACAUUCUCUAAACACACCCUCUCUGUAACCCCUACACACACUACGUCACCCAUACACAUACACUUCAGCCCGUAUGCACUCUCUCGCUGCAUCCCACACUCUUUACAGCCCCUAGCCACACAUAUUACACCACAAACACAAAUUAAAUUGACCUAUUUAUACAAUACCACAAUACACACACGCAAUCCCACAAGCAGGCUCCAAACAUAUGCACCAUGCACUUUCCUGGCCCUUUUGUCCUCUGGUAUCCCACUUGUGGAGACACCAGAGACAAUUUAAAAGCAAACACAGCGCAAGCAUGUUAUUAAAUUUGCUUGCGCUGCGCAGAAUAAAUUCAGGGCCUUUUUCUAGUGCCAGAGCUCUUUAGCAGGGCUCUGCGCAUUGAACCAACAUGCUCACUUUGAGAGGGGGCGUGCUUGUCAUUAGUGAUGACAAAAAACACACUUUCUGGCCCCGCCCCCUUCUUAGGGGGCCGCUCUGAUUGAAAAAUGCCCGGGCCUAAUUUUUUCCCCAGUCCGGCCCUGCUUGGGGAUAACUAAGAAGCAUGAUUGGCUGAGGUACCCAUUCCCGGGGUACCUGGCAGUCCAACACAGUAUACAUCUCCCAUGAUACUUUGCCAGCAUUAUGCCGGUAAGUGCAUUCUGGGAGAUGUAGUUCACAACAUCUGGAGUGCCGAAAAUUGCCUACGCCUGCAGUGACAUCAUUCCCAGAGGACAAACCAUUGCAAUUGGCUGGGGAUCUUAUUUGGUCCCAUCUGUUCAUAGAGGGGUGGAUUAGAGGGGACCUUUCACCAGUAUGUUUUUUGCACAAAGACGUCAUGCACUUUAACAUAUAGGUAAACAGCAAACACUUCUGGUGUGCACUCUCUCUCCCUCUACUGAAAUCAAAUAAACAAAAAAUUGCAAAUUAUGCUAUAUGGACCUUACUUUCUCAAACUGUGCCAUCUGUAUUUAGAUAGCAGUGACUGUGAAACUUAUUUGAAUGCUGGAGCAUAGAAAAGGCUCCUGCUGCUUCUCUGAUAAAAUAUACACCUUGAACAUAAGAUUGAUCUAUCGGGCAGAUUGGUGCAAAUUUAAUUUACUGCUUGUCAUGUAAAAGUUGCAUUUUUUUUCUAGCCUAAAAAAAAGAAAAAAGAUAAUUGGGGAAAUUUUUUGAUGAUGUGGUUCUUUUAGUAAAUUGGAAACAAUGACCCUUGAAGGACCAUAAGGAUAGUGAAUGUCAAGAUAAUUUAUUAUUGCAAAAUUAUCUUCUUCAUCUUUCACUUAUGGACUUGCAAUUCCUUUCUAAGGUACUGAUUAUCGCAAGACCAAGGCACCAUAUAAGGAGCUGUUUAAGACUUUGAGAGGUGAUACAGAGAGAUUCACUUUAUCUAAGAGAAUUCUGUACAGUGAUUUCAUAUUAACAUGUACAUUUAUAAGUUAAAAUCUUUUUUUUUUUUUGUUUACCUCUGUUUCUAGGAGAGCCAGUUUUUACGCCUGUCGGCUGGAUAAACACCUGUAUGUAAUUGGGGGAAGGAAUGAGACAGGUUAUUUGUCAAGUGUGGAGUGCUACAAUUUGGAAACCAAUGAAUGGCGUUAUGUGUCCUCAUUACCCCAACCUCUGGCAGCGCAUGCAGGAGCAGUUCACAAUGGCAAAAUAUACAUAUCCGGUAUGUAAAGUAAUACCAAUUGGAGCUUUAAAAGAAGUGCUUUGAUUGAUUAUGGGGGCACGAAGAUAAAGAAAUAACACGUGAUCGAGACAAACAAAAAAAGAGAAAUCUCAGAGUCCUGCAUGGAGCAAAUAAAAAGAGAUAUAAUACCAGGGAGCAUGAGAGCUAGAUAGAGCGAUGUCAAAUAACAAAAAUGUGCACAUAAAGUUACAUCCUUUGGGUGACGAAACACAUUUAAAUAAGUUACUUUAAACCCUUCAUUCUCACUCUAUCACACACAAAUGCUCCCUUAUAUAGAAAAUAUAUCCCCGAUAUACCCUCAAACUGUAAAAAACAUGUGAUCUUGAUGGGUUUUCUCUACAUUUGAUAAAACCUUCCAAGCCAUUUUUACACCAAAACCCUGAACAUUAAUUAAAAAGAAUACAAAAGCUUACAUGGAAAGGGUGGGGAGAUAAAGUAAUGAAAUGAAAGAUAAUAAAAGUGGAAGGAAGGAGGUUGGAAGGACACGUUGAAAGAAUAAGAAAUGUGUGAUGAGAUGCAUAUUAGUCUCAAUAUUGAUAGUAACAAUUAUGUAAUGUACGAUGACACUGUCAUGUCAAUACUUAGUACCUAAGCUUAACACAUGUAGCUAUAUUAUUUUAUGAGGCUUCUAUGCAUAUUGUUACUAUGUAUCUGUUAUUAUUACACUAUAAUGUAGUAGAUUGAUUAUUUAUACUACUAGUAUCUUACGGUACCAUUUCAACUGAUUAGCUUUAUAAUAAUUGUAGUGAUGGAAAUAAAAUGUUUAUUGUGAAUUAUUGGUUGUCAGAAGCACUUUGUAAGGAGAUGUGUUUAUCAAUGUCACGUUGAGUUAAAGCAGUACAGGAUGUAAAGAUGUUUAAAUGCUUAAGUGAAUUUUUUGCCUACCCUUCAGGUGGCGUUCACAAUGGAGAAUAUGUCCAGUGGUUAUACUGUUACGACCCAGUUAUGGAUGUUUGGGCUCGAAAGCAAGAUAUGAACACGAAAAGAGCAAUUCAUGCCUUAGCGGUAAUGAAUGAUCGUCUGUACGCAAUCGGUGGAAACCAUUUAAAAGGUCAGUUUUGUAUAUUUAUUGCAUUUUAAAACCAACUAAAAUUAGGUUUUUACUUAAAUUUUUGAAUUUUUUUCUAUGCAGUUUUUACUUUUUUAGAUAAAUAGUUUACAUAUAUUAUAUACACAUUUUAAAUAUUGAAUUUAAAUUGUUAGCUGUCUUGAGCUUGUCACGAUUUCUUUGUGAUAACAGCUUGUAAAUGCAUGAAGAUUAGUCAUGUGGAAUAAAUCCGCAUUUUAUGUUGUGUUUGGCAAAUAUUCAAACUGAAAUAGCUUGUUUUCAUCUACCUUUUUAUAAUAGGGGAUUACUUAAAUUUAAGAUAGACUAAGAAGUUUGGAGAUUUAAAAUGUCAUUUCAGUAUGUAUAACUAUUGUUAAAUGAACAAUUUUAAUAUUCUGAUUGACCAACACUGGAGAUAUUUUUUAUAGAAAGGGCUAACUUACACUUUGGCAUUUUACUGGAUUUAAAGUAGAAAUGAUCAAAAAGAAGAAAAUAAAUUAUUUAACAAUUUUAUUACAUGAUAAAUUAAUAUUUUGCUUCAGGUUGGUCUCAGAUUAGCUAUGUAGGAGAGCAAUUUUGGCGCAAAAUGUUAAAAUGAAAGCAAGUACAAUAGGAACCUUGAGAGUUAUACUGUUGGUUGUGCACAGUUUCUCUUGUAGCCCUGGGGCAGUUUUAAGUGAUGGACCACAUAUACGGGUCUGGUCCAUUAACAUAUUUGUUCAGACAGGAGAAGGGAAGACUAGCUAGUGUUUGCUGUCACAAUCUAUGUUUCCUUGACACACUUGGGAACUAUCUGGCUUUGACAUUGAGGCUGUAAGUCUGAUAGCACACAUCAUCAUUUUUGUAUUAGUGGUAUUCAACUUUUUGGUUUGACACUGUUCACAAUGUGUUUUGCCUCUACAGUUUGGGGUUUUACUAGCCCAGACAGCUGAUCUUCCCUUUUUUGGUUAGCCCUGCCUUAUUUUCCCAGAAGGAGGAACAAUGGAGGUUAUACACACUGACUUGGUUAAUUUUCACGGUAUGGUCAGUGUGUGUUACUUAACAUGUACAGUUAGUUCAUUUGUCCAUGUUUUAUUUAACAGCAACAACGUAAUGGUAUAAACUGACAUUUCAAAGGGAGUGAAUUUAUCAAGUAGGAUAUUCUAUUCAUGUGGUUAUAACCUGCUGAGUACUGUAGUACUGUAGUUGGGCAAUCUGGUACUGUACUGUUUGUUUACAGACACUUUUUGGAAAUGUUGUACAGGUUUCUCUCAUCUUGAUGUAAUGCUUGUGGAAUGCUAUGACCCAAAAGGAGAUCAGUGGAAUAUUCUACAAACACCAAUUUUGGAAGGUCGAAGUGGACCAGGGUGUGCCGUUUUAGAUGAUCGGUUUUAUCUCGUUGGAGGCUAUAGUUGGAGUAUGGUAAGUAGAUUUUAAAGAAGGUGCUUUUUGUUUUGUUAUUAAUUAUAAAAUAAAUAAUAACAAAUAAUAAUUAAAGGGAUACAUCAGGCUGGAGCUGACACAUCAUUUUUGACAUAGUACAAUUUAACUUUUAGUGGCAUUGUGUUAUUUUUAUAUCAUCCAUUCAACAUUCAUUGAUUUUUUUCCAGAUAUUGGUUACAAAAGCUCACAAAUGUAAAAUGUUUGGUCUGCAUACAUACUUCUUAUCUUAACAAUUAAAGCAGUACUGUUUCACUGUUGUACUCUUGAAGCUUGCACAAGAGUACCAAGCAGAGCCCUGUGGAAGAUGAAGAUUCCAAACAAACUUCUUGCACAAACAAUCAGAUGCUAUAGGCAUCUGUUGUGCUUUGCUCCAGAAGAUAACUGUCCCCAUUAGCCCUCAUGAAUAAAAGCUGAUGGGAAAUUGACAAUGCAUCAGGCAGAAGUUGUGUGAAUCUCCACUUUUUGGUGCAUUUUGCCAAACAUUAGCUUGUCCUUAAGUCAGGAUAUUCUGCCCUUUAUUUUAUGAUAUCCUUUGAGGUAAUUUAAAUUUAAAUAAAAUUCCUUUGCGGCCUAUUCAUGUUUUUAGUAAAGGCGCUAAAUGUAGAAAAAAAUUCACAUGACAGUGCUGCUUUAAUAUUACUAACAUUUAGUUAAAUAGUAAUAAAGCGUGUGAUUUUUUAUUUGAAUGCAAAGAAACAAACCAUGAUUUGCGUCAGGUUAUUGAGUUCUGUUUUGAGAUUAUUAAAUAAACUGUGCCAAAACACUUACUGCAGAUCUGCCAUUGACUCCAGAGUCUUCAGGGCAGCUUAUUCAGCCCAGAACCCAGGCUAUUCACAUCCAUCACAUGGAAGCCUAACAGACAAACUAGGGACAGAGCCAUUGACUAAAAUAAAAUCUUUCUCUGUAACAGCAUGCAGUCCUCUGAGAAAUAGAUUACAUUGCAAAAUGUUAUUUUAGAUCCAUCGGUUUACUUAUAAAAGUGCUCAUUGGGCAGCAUUGUUAAACAGUGCUACAUUUGUGUCCUUAUCUUCCGUUAGCUACAGUUGUGCAUACAUAUUGUCAGACCCGUGAAGAUGGUAUCAUUGUAGAUCUUUAUAAUGUUCUCUCUCAUUCUAGGGAGCUUAUAAGUCUUCAACUAUUUGUUAUAGUCCUGAGAAAGCCAGCUGGACAGAACUUGAAGGAGAUGUGGCUGAACCCCUCGCAGGACCAGCCUGUGCAACCGUCAUACUGCCGGCCUGCGUUCCGUACAACAAAUAGCAUCGAGACACUGUG